AUGGCGAAGCGCAAGUCCAAAGCGGAUUCUCAAGCGUCCAUCGCGCGCUUUUGCAAAGAAGGUGCCAGCCCAGACGAUGGCAUCCAGGAUCCGGAGGUGCAUCCUGCGAACGAAGCGUUGGAGCAGUUCCGCGAAGCCAAAGCUUGGCUUGAAAAGCAGGGAUGCUGGAUGAAAGCCGGCUCGCCCACCGAGCCGAUGCAGGGCUUGAUGCCUAUGCCCACAGACUGGAGCGGCGCAAACUGUGCGGAGCUGAAGCGCUGCGUCAUUGGGCUUGGCGACAUCGACUGGGAUGACCGUCCCGGCAUGGCGGUGGCACAGGUCACAGUAUCACAUGUGCUUGAGGCACGUCGUUUUUGGUUCCCGGACGGCACCAUAUCGGAGAUGCCGGAUGUGAUGGUCAUGUACGGUGACGAAACACAGAGGGGGCAGCUUCGACUUCAGUCCAACUGCGCGAGGCUGAUGGCCUUUGUGAUGGAGUGGGCGGAGCACAGCAAGAAUGAGUGCUAUGCGUUGCCGUGCAUUCUGGUUCAAGCGGCACCGGAUUCACUGGAGUCAUUCUGGCUUCUGCACAAGAGAGGGGAGGAAGUCAUAGCCACAUGCCGGGCAGAUGCUUGGCAGCUGUAA